UCGGCCCUCGUUUCUCUUUCAACGUCUAUCGAACGCGGCGCGCAUCGGGGACCGGAGGUGAGAGAUGGAGGGAGAGCCCUACGACGUCGUCCCGUGCUCUUCCGUCGCCGUUGAUUCUAUCCUCCGCAUCGGAACGGCUGGUGCAAUUUGGGGUUUGUGUUCCGCUCCCCACGAGGCUCGUAAACAAGGCCUAGGAGGGGUAGCUCAGGCCGCUUUUGUGGCGAGGUCGGCUAGCUCGUGUGGCUUUCAAUAUGGACUUGUUGCUGGAAUCUGUACUGCUACUCACUGUGGGCUUCAAAGAUAUCGGGGAAAGAGUGAUUGGGUGAAUGGUCUGAUUGCUGGUGCAGUCGCAGGGGGAGCCAUUGCUGCUAUGACACGAAGCUGGACACAGGUGGUUCCUAUGGCUUGUCUGGUUUCUGCCUUCAAAGUUGCCACUGACUAUGCUAGAACAACUUGAAAAACCUCUCGGUGGAAAACUGUGGCAGAGGAAGAUAUUUGACCAAGGAUGAAAGCCCUUCAAUUGAUACGCCCUUCAUCCUUUGAAUUCUGGGUGAAACUAAACCAGGUGAGCAUUGUAGAUGAUGAUACCCUGCUUCUCAGAAAACAGAAAGACAAAAACAAAAAAAAAAGAAAAGGAAAGAAGUACAGGCAAAAUUUCUGUUUUCGACUAGUCAAAUUCAAGUGUAGCAAAAUCUCCGUUUAUUUGUGAUUGCAUGAAAGUGACAGCAUCUACUCUGCAUAGGCAGUAGGUUA